AUGACUGGCUCAUUACUUUUGGGAUACAAAUCUCCCAGUAAGAUGAUGACUGUGUGUCCUCAUCAUAAGGAUCUGAUACUGGAAGAGACCGUACAGAGUGGGGGGAGCUCCCCAGAGCCGAGGAAGCAGCCCCCCAAAACCGCUUCCGUGACUGCAGCUUCCCUUCUCAAGCCCCCAGGGAGCAGCGCCUUCUCAGGGCACGACUCCCUGCGACCCAAAAAUAACUACACAGAUAGGCGGAACGGGCCCAAGAAAGCACUUAGUUACCUUCUUAUCGCUUAUGGCCAGAACGCUGGAAACCUAACCCCGGGCCAGCCUUUUAUAGAGAGUCCCUCGAGCCCCGCCCUAGCAACUUCUCUUAGCAACGCCUCGCCCCGCUGCUCUGCCUUCUUAUCGGCCUCUGCCAGGCCCUUCCUGUUCCCCUCCCCCAGUCAGCUUUGCUCCGCUGCUUCAGGUCACGUGACUGUCCCCAGGGGAGGGGCGGUGCAGGCGAAAACGUGA